AUCGCACCAGACUGUUCGUUGCUUGCUGCUGGUGAAGUCAAAGUUUGAAAUCAGUUCGCGGGGAGCCAUCUUCGAGGCGUGUGGUUCUUAGAACACACACCGUUCGCGUAGCGUGUGAUCGCGAUCGUGUAUCGGGUACAACAACACACAGAAUAGCGUGCGUGAGUGCAACGAUGACGAAACGAAGGAAACCGCCCUUGGCUGCGUCGUCGUCGUCGUCGUCUUCGUCGGUGGCAAAGGUGAUGAAAGUGUUGCUGGUGGUGGUGUUGAUAGUGGCCGUUUUGGCGCGCAAUUGUGGGGCAAAUUUUGUGUUCUACGAUGACGACAGCGAUAAGGAUAACCACGGUUUGGAGGAGUACGUUAACGAUGAAGAGCAGAAGCGGGCGGAUUAUCACGAUGCGAUCGAUCGGUUGAUUUCCCACGCAUUGAAUGAGACAAGUCACCAGGAAACCCCGCAGCAGGACAAGGCCGCCGAUGUCGUCGCUGUGAACUCGACUGCAGCUAGAGAAACUGAUCCAGAUGAGAAUCUGACGUGUGCGGGUGAUCGUUCGCCACAACCCAUUAAAUCGCUCCCGGGACUUACCGUGAACAAAUGCUGUCCCAUGGGUCAGUCAUUCCUGCACGAAAGCAUCAGCAAAUGUCGCAUCCCUCUGCGGCGACCACGUUUUCCGGUUGUAACUCGCGAGGUACAUCUGUACGACAGGUCUUGCUACGGAUUUGGGACCUACCUGAAGCACAAUGUCACGGUGGAUGGCCACUGCAUCGGAAAGCACUUGGUGUUCAACGACGGAGCCAUGUUCACAGUGAUCCAGAACGGGUCCCUCAUGGUGUCCACCUCGGAUCAGAUUAUGAUCUACAAGGAUUACUGCCUGGAGGAAACCGGCAGCUCGGUAUUGAUAGCACACGUAUGCGAUGCCAUUUCUAUUCCGGAUCCAUUCGAUUGGGUCGAUAAGUUGAUCAUCGGCAUGGCACUGUUGGUCCUGUUCAUAACGGUGCUGCUGUAUGCUUUCGAACCGAGCUUCCAGACCGUGUUCGGACGGUUGGUUCUGGUCCAUGCGGGGCUGCUGUUUACUGCACUGUUGUUGGAAGCUGCACUGACGGAGUUCAAUGAAGCAUUUUACUCCACGAUCGUAUACGUCCUCAUUGGAGCCGCGUACGUCCUGUUUGCGGCAGCAAAUCUGUACUCCUUGUUUACAAGUCUGAGCAACUACCAAAAGAUAGAUAACCGAAACGUGGUCUACGUAGCUUUCGGGUGCGCCGUCUUCUGGGUGGCGUCCGUUCUGUUGACGAUGUAUUUCAAUGACAAAAUGGUCGCCCUGUGUACCAUCUUUAGCGGGUUGGUGUUAAGUGUACUAGUCAAUUUGAUUAUCCUCCGGGGGAUCUUUAACCGAAGGCACCAGCUACUCACGGCAAUGGACAGUUGCUACGAGAUCUCGGAUAGCUCGGAAUAUUCGACCUAUGUUUACCACAGGAAAGAGCUUGCCAUCCUCUCGUCCUUCGCCACCGUCCUGCAGCUACUGCACUGGAUCCUGUUCGUGGCCAGCCGGUACAACUUGCUGUACGCGCUCAGUUGGUGCGGUUUGACCAUAUUUGCCGUAUUCGUGUGCUUCCGGUAUCGAUCGAUAACGUUGCUUUCCAGCUCCGGUGGCGGUGGUGGCGGCGAUGGUAGCCGCAUCUCAAAAGUACUACGUCAUCGUCAUCAACGGAACCACCCGUACCCCCCUACCACCACCUCUAACCAUCAUCGGGGGGAGCAGUUGCCAGCGUCUGAGGAACUGGUGCCUUCGCCACCCUGGGAGAAUGGGUAUAAUCAACUGCACGCGGCGUCAUCCGGCUCCACCCACGACGGCAGCAGUAGUCAGUGGCAGCAGCAGCAGCACCAGAGUCAAAAACACUCGCCUCUUAGCCCGGUGGCCGAGGAAUGGGACCAGGAUGAUGCUGCCACCGGCGGCAACACCCACGUAGUGUGAUCACACACAGGCAGAGGGCAAGGGUUAAAUGGGGCGGAAAAACGAAGAACUUAAUGCCUUAAUGGCACAAAAGGUUGUGUGUUGUGAUUAAUCGCGUAAUGCGUCCUCCGGGUGUGAUUUGACGCUUUUUUUCGUGCGUAUCCGGAAGGUCCUAGAAUUAAGUUUUAAUAGUUGUAUAAGCUUAUGAAGUGUGAAUACAGUUGCAUUUAAGAACGAA